AGCACCUGCCUGCCGAGGCCAUGUCAGACUACGAGAAUGAUGACGAGUGCUGGAGCACCCUGGAGGGCUUCCGGGUGACACUCACCUCGGUUAUUGACCCGUCACGCAUCACGCCCUACCUGCGGCAGUGCAAGGUCCUGAACCCUGACGAUGAGGAGCAGGUGCUCAGCGACCCCAACCUGGUCAUCCGCAAGCGGAAAGUGGGCGUGCUCCUGGACAUCUUGCAGCGGACUGGCCACAAGGGAUACGUGGCCUUCCUCGAGAGCCUGGAGCUCUACUACCCGCAGCUGUACAGAAAGGUCACGGGCAAGGAGCCAGCUCGUGUCUUCUCCAUGAUCAUCGAUGCAUCCGGGGAGUCCGGCCUGACGCAGCUGCUCAUGACAGAGGUCAUGAAGCUGCAGAAGAAGGUGCAAGACCUGACAUCGCUGCUAAGCGCCAAGGACGACUUCAUCAAGGAGCUGCGGGUCAAGGACAGCCUCCUGCGCAGGCACCAGGAGCGCGUGCAGAAGCUCAAGGAGGAGUGUGAGGCCGGCGCCCGCGAGCUCCAGCGCUGCAAGGGCGAGAACUACGACCUGGCCAUGCGCCUGGCGCGCCAGAGCGAGGAAAAGGGUGCCGCGCUCAUGCGGAACCGCGACCUGCAACUCGAGAUCGACCGGCUCAAGCACAGCCUCAUGAAGGCGGAGGACGACUGCAAGGUGGAGCGCAAGCACACGCUGAAGCUGCGGCACGCCAUGGAGCAGCGGCCCAGCCAGGAGCGGCUGUGGGAGCUGCAGCAGGAAAACGCUGUACUGCAGGCCCGGGUGCAGGAGCUGGAGGCUUUGGCCCAGGAGGGGAAGCUGGACAGGAGCAGCCCCUACAUCCAGGUGCUGGAGGAGGACUGGCGGCAGGCGCUGCAGGACCACCAGGAGCAGGCCAAUACCAUCUUCUCCCUGCGCAAGGACCUUCGCCAGGGCGAGGCCCUGCGCAUCCGGUGCAUGGAGGAGAAGGAGAUGUUUGAGCUGCAGUGCCUGGCCCUGCGCAAGGACUCCAAGAUGUACAAGGACCGCAUUGAGGCCAUCCUGCAGCAGCUGGAGGAGGUGGCCAUCGAGCGGGACCAGUCCAUGGCGGCACGGGAGGAGCUGCAUGCGCAGCACGCGCGGAGCCUGCAGGAGAAGGACGAGCUGCGCAAGCGUGUCCGCCAGCUGGGCGAGAAGGUGGAUGAGCUGCAGCUGCAGCUGUCCCAGGGCGAGGCCCAGCUGCUGGCUGCGGAGGGCAGGCUCAGGCGGCAGCAGCUGGAGAUGCAACUGGAGACCCUUGUCCUGAGCUCUGACCUGGAGGAUGGCUCACCCAGGAACUCCCAGGAACUCUCGCUCCCCCAGGACCUGGAGGAUGCCCAGCUCUUAGACAAAGGCGGCCUGGCUGACGGGGAGAGCCCGGAGCAGCCCUUUGUGGCUCUGCAGAAGGAACGGCUUUCACUGACCCCCAAUGACACCAGCCUGACCAGCAGCGGGGAGCCCCCCGAGAAGGAGCGGCGGCGCCUCAAAGAGAGUUUCGAGAACUACCGCAGGAAGCGGGCCCUCAGGAAGAUGCAGAACGGCUGGCGACAGAGGGAGGCGGACAGGGAGACCACCACUGGCAGCGACAACACGGACACUGAGGGCUCCUAG